CUCGACGCCUCAAGCUCAGGUGCACCUUCCCCACGGCCACUAUUGCCAUCCCGCAUCUCUCGUUAUUCACCUCCGCACCAUAUACGCAGGCCUCGUGUCCGAUUGGCACUAAGUGUGGUGUCUGGUGGCGCUCCUCGAGCAUCUCGCGAACGACUUGCUCUGCAUCGCCCUGCACCAUGCAUCUCUACAACCUCUCCCUCGUUCCGCCCAGCAACAUCACAGCUGCUGUGGUGGGACAAUUCUCCGGCACAAGGACGCAAGAGAUCGUGGUUUGUAGGGGUGGCAGCAGGUUGGAGCUCCUGAGACCAGACACGAGCAGCGGAAGGAGUGUGAGCUUGGCUGAGCAGGAAUGCUUUGGCAUCGUGCGCAGCUUGGCCAGCUUCAGGCUGACUGGCGGUAGCAAAGACUAUCUCAUCGUCGGUUCUGAUUCAGGUCGCAUAGCUCUGCUGGAAUUGGACAUCAAGACGCUUCAAUUCGUGCAGGUGCACUGUGAAACGUUCGGCAGAUCAGGGUCACGCCGCAUAGUGCCCGGCCAGUAUCUGGCGGUGGAUCCCAAGGGCAGAGCGGUGAUGAUUGGCGCCCUGGAGAAGGCCAAGCUGGUGUACAUCCUGAAUCGGGACGCAGCUGCCAACCUGACCAUCAGCAGUCCACUCGAGGCGCACAGGAAUAGCGCGAUCAUCCAUGCGCUCAUUGGUGUGGACGUGGGCUACGAAAAUCCAGUAUUUGCGGCGCUGGAAGUUGGCUACGAAGAAGCCGAUCGGGAUGCCUCAGGCGCUGCUUAUGAAAGUACUGAAAAGCUCUUGACAUACUACGAGCUCGACUUGGGCUUGAAUCACGUGGUCCGAAGGUGGACCUCGCCAGUCUCCCACACCGCAUCACAUCUCAUCGCUGUGCCUGGUGGCUACAAUCAAACGUCGGAGAGGUGGGAGGGUCCGAGCGGAGUGUUGGUCUGCUCCGAGGACUACAUCUCCUACAAGCACAGCGUUGGGGAGGAGCAUCGUGUCCCGAUACCAAAGCGAUUGAACCCCGUCAAUGCAGAACAGCGCGGCAGCAUCAUCGUUGCGAGUGUGUGUCACAGGAUGAAAACCGGCUUCUUCUUCCUGGUACAAAAUGAGGAUGGGGAUCUCUUCAAGAUCACAAUUGAGCACGACGGGGAAGACAUGCAGGCGCUCAAAAUCAAGUACUUCGACACGGUGCCAAUUGCCGCAUCGCUGGUCAUUCUGCGAGCAGGUCUCCUCUUUGUGGCAUCGGAGAGUGGUCCAAGCUACAUUUACUCGUUCCAGAAGCUCGGAGACGACGACGAUCUGCCCGAGUACUCCAGCGUGGACCAUGAUUCUCUUGGCGCAGGAGACGAGGCACCAGAGGUUCCAACCUUCGUCCCGAGACCGCUCGAAAAUCUCAUGCAAACGGACGAGAUCUCAGCUCUGGACCCCAUCUUGGACGCCAAGGUGCUCAACCCGCUCUUGACGGACUCGCCCCAGAUCAUAGCUGCUUGCGGCAGAGGACCGCGAAGCUCGUUCAAGAUGCUGCAGCACGGUCUCGAGGUGCAAGAAGCGAUCAGCUCGGAUUUGCCAGGAGUGCCAGGCGCGGUCUGGACGACCAAACUAAAAGCUGAGGAUCAGUACGAUGCCUACAUCGUCCUGUCCUUCGUCAACGGUACGCUCGUUCUCUCAAUCGGCGAAACCAUCGAGGAAGUGAGCGACUCCGGAUUCUUGACCUCCGCGCCCACCUUGGCUGUCCAGCAGUUGGGCACCGAUGCACUCCUCCAAGUCCACCCUGGAGGCAUCAGGCACGUCAUGAUUGACAAGCAAGUCACGGAGUGGGAAACCCCCGCAGCUCCGAAUGGCCGGCCCACCCAGAUCGUAGCGGCUGCUACGAACCAGAGGCAGGUGGUGUUGGCGCUGGCGCCGACCAACGAGCUAGUGUACUUUGAGCUUGACAUGGAUGGUCAGCUGAACGAGUAUCAAGAAAGGAAGAGCGUCGGCGCAAGAGUUUUGACGCUGAGCAUUGCGGACGUGCCGGAAGGAAGGCAAAGAACACCUUACCUGGCUGUGGGGUGUGACGAUCAGACUGUGCGCGUCGUCUCUCUGGACCCGGACAGCACGCUUGCAAGCAUCUCGAUCCAAGCUUUGACCGCGCCGGCGAGCAGCAUCUGUAUUGCAGAGAUGGAAGAUUCCGUCAUCGACAGGAACCACGCCACUCUCUUUGUCAACAUCGGAUUGUCCAACGGUGUGCUACUUCGGACGGUGCUGGACCCUAUCUCUGGGCAAUUGACUGAUACGAGGACACGAUUCCUGGGUGCCAAGCCAGUUCGCCUGGUCCGAGUCAAGGUUCACGGAACUCAGACUGCCGUGCUCGCGCUCAGCUCCCGAUCUUGGCUCUCGUACACGCAUCAGGGUCGGUCGCACUUCACCCCUCUAAUCUUCGAAGCGCUCGAUCAUGCCUGGUCUUUCUCUGCUGAAAUGUGCCCGCAAGGCCUGAUUGGUAUAAUCUCUGGCAGCUUGCGGAUCUUUACAAUCCCGACGCUGGGCACCAAGCUCAAAAUGGAUACCCUGCCCUUGAGCUACACCCCUCGCCGGUUUGUGAACCAUCCAAGCAGAACGACUUUGUUCUACGUGGUCGAAGCGGAUCAUCGCACAUUGUCACCAUGGGCUCAGGACCAGAGACUAGCGGCAAGCGGCUCGUCGAGCAGAAAGGUCAAAAGGGGCGUCCUUGAUCUUCCAGCCGCCGACUUCGGCCCCGUGCGAGGUGAAGCUGGGCAAUGGAGCAGCUGCAUUCGGGUCGUCGAUGCGGAAGGAUUCAAGACAACAUUCCAGCUCGAUUUGGAGGGUAACGAAGCAGCCUUCAGCGCCGCUUUGGUUCCCUUUGGAGCGGCAGAACCCUACUUGGUUGUUGGCAGUGGUGUCGACGUCCACGUCAGUCCUCGCUCUGUGGGUCAAGCCUAUUUGAGCGUCUUUAAGCUCAUUGACGACGGCAGAGGCUUGGAAUUACUGCAGAAGACUGAGGUGGACGACAUUCCACUUGCGCUCAAGUCGUUUGGCGGUAGGCUUCUCGCGGGCGUGGGCAAAGCUCUGCGCAUAUAUGACCUCGGCAAGAAGAAGCUGUUGCGCAAGUGCGAGAACAAGAACUUCUCCACCUCGAUCGUGUCGCUCGAGACCCAAGGCUCUCGCAUUAUCGUCAGCGAUCAGGCGGAGUCCGUCUUCUACGCCACCUACAAGCCCGCAGAAAAUCGCUUGCUGAUCUUUGCGGACGACACAGUGCCACGGUGGAUGACAGUCACUCAAUUGCUCGAUUACGAUACUGUUGCAGGCGCGGACAAGUUUGGCAAUGUCUUCAUUUCAAGGAUAGACGCCGACAUCAGCAAGUCCGUGGAUGAGGAUACCUCGGGGCUGUCAGUGCUCCAUGAGAAGCCAUAUCUGCAAGGCGCGCCUCACAAGAGCCAGCUCGUGGCGCACUACCACCUAAACGAGAUCAUCACCAGCUUGACCAAGGUUAGUCUCGUGCCUGGAGGAAGGGAAGUCAUUCUCUACACUGGUCUUGGGGGCACGAUCGGCGCUCUGAUACCCUUUGUAGCGAAAGAGGAUGUCGAUACUCUUAGCACGCUCGAGAUGCACCUCAGACAAGAGGCCACAUCUAGCGUAGUAGGCAGGGACCACCUGGCGUACAGAGGUUACUAUGCGCCGGUGAAAGGCGUGGUGGAUGGCGACCUAUGCGAGACUUAUGGCUUGCUGUCCCCGCCCAAACAACGGGCUAUUGCCGAGGAGCUUGAUCGCACGCCGGCAGAGGUGAACAAAAAGCUAGAGAGUAUGAGGACCACUUCUGCAUUCUGAGCUUGUAACAACGUCACACAAUGCCGCAUGUACGCUACGCCAAGGAUUCAAACUCGCGUGAAUGAAUUGUGUAGGAAUGACUGG